AUUUUUUCCCUCAUCUCUUAAAUGGAUUGUGGUCCUCAAAUAAUUGUUUUCUUUAAUGAUUUAAAUUAUUUGGGCAUGAAAUGUAAAACAUGCUUAACUGGGGAGAUUUACUUACACAGUGCUUUGGUUAAAAAAAAUGCUAAUGUUAACAUUUUGUUGGCAGUGGCUAGUUUAACAAACACAAGUGUGGAUUGCAGUUACUCCUUUUCCAUAGACUGCUUUUAAGGUAAGAAAACAAAUAUCUAAUAAAUAUGUAAACUCGCUGAACUAUCCCUUAAAGUUACGUUUGAGUUUAUGUCUUGGACCCAGGUCAUUUUGUUGGUCAGGUCAUGAAAACUCCUGGCCCUAACUCCAAAGGAAUGUUGAUACUCAAUAAUGUAACUCACCUUUUCCCGCACUGUCCCUCAGCUCCUCCAGGUGGCUGGCCCAUCAAGUCCCCUCGCCACCCAGCUCGACAACCCCCUCAACAGCCCCACCGCCRACCUGUCCUUCCCCGCCUAGAGAGGGACGAGACCAGAAGGAACCGACUACCCCAACCACCCCGAGGAGGGCAUUGUGGGAAAUGUAGGCGGGCCCGCGGUCGAGGGGAGCGCCAGAGGCAGUACUGCCAGAAAGACUUCGUGUUCCGUGCCAAAGUCAUGAGCAAGCUGUACCGGGGCGAGGAGACGCGCUACGAUGUCCAGAUCAUCCACACCUACCACAAUCGCUUCCGCCUGGAGCACCGCGAGUUCCUGUGGGUGCCCAACGUGUGUGACUGCCCCCCUCUGGAGGAAGGGCGCCAGUACGUACUGAUGGUGCGUCGCCACAUUAACAACGAGCAGACGUUGAACCGGAUACUGAUGGAGGAGGACAGCUACGCGAUACCCUAUAAACCUAGAGAGGACGCUCUGUUGCGCCCCCUGGAGGAUCUGUGUCGUAACAGAGGGCCCAGGCCACCUGCGGAACUGAGAGGCGGCUAUGCCUAGACAUAGAGAUGUACAGUAUACACGUGCACACCUAACACCACUGAUGCACACAUACUUUGACUGUCACGACUCCUUAACACUCCUCAAGACUGAGCACUUCUGAUGGCGAAUCARACAAACAAUGGGGCUGCAUGUGUGCGUCUGUGUGUGACAUUAAAAUCCCAUACACCCCUACGCAACAACUUCCUGCCUCUGGCCCUUCAAAAGACAAACAGAGAGCAACAGAACCACUAGAAUUCCAAAAUGGGGGAACUGAAAAUGGCGGAGGCAAACACUAGUUGAACACUGGGAAGAGACUAYACUCAGGGUGACCCAGUAGAUCUGUCAGUCAGCGUGAUAAGAAGGCAAAGCCCUCAAAGAGCCAUGCAAAAGCUGACCAGCU